AUGCCGCUCACUAAACACGUUGAUCAGUUGAAAAACAGGUUAUACAAAAACACUCCAGACCCAAACAGAAGCUCCAACAUUAUCCCAUACAUGAUCCAUUAUAACAAGAAAGGUGAAAACUUUACUAUUAUCUCCACCACUAAUGAUUUUGACCUUGCUAAACUUUGUGAUGAGUUACUUUCAAACCCAUUACCUGAUGAACAUUUUGCCUUAGGAUUAGCUACAAGCCAUUCUUUCUUAAGACAGCCUUCUUCAAGUGGUAAUCUUAAAAGAUUGUUGAGGUUUGGUAACUAUACAGUUUUGGAUCCUUAUUGGUGUGGAAGUUUUGAGAAUCAAGCUGAGAAUCAUAAAUCACUUUUGAAAACUGCUAAGAUUUUAACAAAUCUUUUCCACACUUUGGAUGAAAGAAACUGGCCACCACAAGUUAGAGCUAUGCAGACUUCAUCUAUUGGUAAUAUUUUCAUUGGUGACGACUUUGUUGAAGAAAAUUUUGAAAAAAUGAUUACUAAGUAUUCAAAAGAAUAUAAAGGUUAUCAUAAUGAUAGAAAGAAGACCAGAGCAAAAAGUAUUCCUUUAACUUUAUCAUGUCAUGAAUUUCACAGACCUGGAAUGAAGGGUGAGAAAAUCUCUGAGUAUAUGGUUAUUUGGAAGGACCCAAAGAUGAGUUUGGACAAAUUGUUGCUUGAUUUGAGUGUUAAGAAAUAUGAUUAUCAGGUCUUGAAAAACUAUAGAAUAUUCACAGGUGAAGCUAAAGCAUUAUACGAGGUUGAGGAUCUUAGAAGACGUCAAUUUUCAAUACUUGGGUAUGAUCUUUAUAAAUUAUCAUUGAUGUCACCAACCAAAGAUGAUCCAAGUUUACGUCCAGAUUAUGAAAAGACUCAAGAGUUAUUUUCUGAAUUCAAGCAUUCAGUUAAAGAUCGUUCUUAUGAUGAAAAUUCAAUCAAGAAAGGUAGUACACCGGCAAGCUUCCUUGCUUAUCAAUACUAUGGUGCUACACAUCCAAAACAUCAUCGUGGUGAACCAAAUUAUCAAGUCAUGAGUACUGAAAAGAUUGUUAACGACAAGGUUUCCAAUUAUAUCUCCCGUCAUUUCAUUCCAGAGUUCCCAGUUUUUGAAUAUGAUUUUGGUGAUGUGUUGGCUAUAACCAAUUGUACUUAUAGUUUUGAAUCAUUUAGCAAAGAUCUUUAUGACAGUGUUAUAAGUGGUGACUUCGGAAAUAUCUCAGAAGAUAUGUUUAAUAAAGAUCAUUAUAUCAAAAAGGCCAUUGAAGAGAAUGAUAAAAAGAUCUGUGCUUCUCUCAAUUCUGAUUUGUUCAAAAAAUCCUUGAUUUUCAGUAAAAAGUACAUGACAGCCAAUGAGAAACUUGAUUAUUAUGAUCAAAUUGCAACAUCACUCAAUUUUGGUAAGAAUCCAAUCAAAAGAAAAGUUAAAACUGCCAGUUAUAUUAUUCAUAAAACACAUUCAAAAGCUCUUGGUAGAGAUGUCAACAACUUGGUUGUGAUUAUUAAAGAUGUUCAUUUGGGUAUGAAGGAGUUAUCAGAAGACUUCACAAAAGCUAAAGCACAUAAAAAGCCUGAUCAAAUUAACAGCUUGCAUGUUGACCUCCCAGAACUUUAUGUCAACUAUGAUGAUGAAGAUUUAUCUCCAAAAUAUAUUGCAAGUGCCUUCCCAAGUCCUCAUGGUAACUCAAGUUUAUAUGAGCCAUAA